UUCAAUACCCACAUUUCACAUUCUAAACCCUAAUCGAAGAUGGAAUCGAAGGGAAUGACGACACCCGCUCGCGUUUAUCAAGAUUUCGAACCAUCCAUGGAGUGGGUUUACGAAGACGAUUCUGACACCCUGCUCGUCUAUCUUCCAGGUUUUGCGAAGGAACAACUUAGGGUUCAACUUCGAUCAAGGAGUUUGAUCAUAAGUGGUGAAAGAAAGCUCCAACAGAACACAUGGAGUCGAUUCCGUGUGGAGUUUCCGGUUUCUGUAAACUGUGAUCUCAACAAAAUCAGUGCCAAAUUCGAAGGAAAUAUACUUUUUGUUAGGCAAGGAAAAGUGAUCACUCUUGCGGCGAAACCAGAAGAGGAAAGACGGCCGGUGGUUGCAGCGCCGGUUCCAACGACUCCAAAGCCGGUUUACGAAUCAAACAUGGCGGAGAAAACGACUGCCGAGAAAAAACCCAUUUCACCAACACAACCAGACAUGGAAAACAAGGGGAAGGAUCAAGAGGUUUCGAAGAUGGGAGGAGCAGAAAAGAGCGAAAAAGGUAAAGGGAAAGCCAUUGAAUCAAAGAAAGCAGAAGGUGUUCGUGGAAAUGCUUCAGAGAAGAAACCAAGUGAUUCCGAUAACAAAAACAAGAAGGUGGUUUAUGGGGAACUCGAUAAAACGACUAAAACCGCAUUGGAAAACUAUAAACACGCGGUGGGUGUUUUUGCAACGAAGCUAAAAACGUCGAGGAAUGCGGUGAAUACGAUUGUGAUUCUUCUUGUUGCUCUCGUGGUUGGCGUCUACGUGUCGGGUUCGAUCAAAUCGUGGACAAAAAGUUGAAUAUUUGUAUAAAACUGGUCGAAAAUAUACGUAUUUUAAUGUCUUUGCAUGUAAUUCGAUUCGAAUGUGAUGAACUAAUAAAAGC